AAGGGCCAGCGCCGUCAGGAACCAAAAGAGGCGGGCUUGCUCUCCGGUGCAUUGUGGGACGGGGAAAGUUACUUUCACGGCUUGCACCGGGAAGAGGCCGAGGCCUCUGCGUGACGUCAGACCCGGAUUUAAGGAAUUAUGACGUCACGGGUUGCAAGAGAGGCCUGGCUGCUUUGAUCUCAUAACCAUCCAUUCCUUUCCCAAGAUGACCUCGAAUGACCUGGAGGCCUCGGCCAGCGAGGGCGAGGAAGAAGACGCCUCGGUCGUGCUGCAACUCUUCCCGUAUUCGGAGGAGAAGGACGACCCGCAGGCCUCCAACGACGGCGGGAUUCUGAAGCAUUCGACCACCCUGACCAACCGGCAGCGGGGCAACGAGGUUUCGGCAUUGCCGGCCACCUUGGACACUCUGUCCGUUCACCAGCUGGCGGCUCAAGGGGAAAUGAUCCUGUUGAAAGAAAGCCUUCGGAAAGGCGAGAACUUGCUGAACAAGCCAGACGAACGGGGCUUCACCCCUUUGAUGUGGGCUUCGGCCUUCGGGGAAAUCGAGGCCGUCCGCAACAUGCUGGAAUGGGGUGCUGACCCCCACGCCCUGGCCAAAGAGCGGGAGACGGCCUUGUCGCUGGCCAGCACCGGCGGAUACAACGACAUUGUGGCCUUGCUGCUGGACCGGGAGGCCGACGUCAACACCUACGACUGGAACGGCGGGACGCCCCUCCUCUACGCCGUGCGUGGGAACCACGUCAAGUGCGUCGAGCUUUUGCUGGCCCAAGGUGCCGACCUGACCAUGGAAGCGGAUUCGGGUUACACGCCGAUGGACCUCGCCGUCGCCUUGGGACACAAGAAGGUCCAACAGGUGAUGGAAAAGCAUAUACUUAAACUCCUCCGGGACAAAGUUGCCGAGUAGAUUGACACAAUGACGGCUUUGACAGAUUCAUUCCAGCCUCUUCGGAGCGGGUUUGGGGCCGUGACAGUGUGCCCGAAAUGUCCCGUGACGAUGUGCCCGAAGCUCUGAAAACUCAGAGGGAAACACGGCUUCCAUCGCCCGAAUCCCGCGUCGCUCGGGGAAGCGAGCCAAGCCGUGUGACGGAAACGGUGCCGGCUUUGGAUCCAAACUGUCGUCUCCAACGAUAUUUACCCAACGCUAUCCGUUUCCCAACUGCUGCAUUUCCGGACGGCGGGUUAAGGGUUGCAAACCGGCCCAGAUUUUGCAAAAUGCGGUGCCAAUGCAAACAAAUAAAUAAAGCAGAUUUACGUUCUCA